UUUCUAGACAUUUACGAUUAUAACCUUCACUAUUUCUGUGUGGCCUCCCCUCCGAGUUGGUCGUGCAGCGAAGGUGUUCGAUUAAAUGCUUAGCUGAGGCAAAAGGCUUCUGCUUUUUCCCGUUUCGUCGAUUUUCAAAUUUCUUUGGUUCCGGCGAAAACUGGAGAAUGGCGCGUUGGAACGUUAGCGACUGCAAUGUAUUUGGGAUGGUAACAAGGCAUUUCGCGACGAAACCGAAACCGAAGAUGAAGCCGAUCGAGCUGAAGACGCCGCCGGAGCAAACCCAGACGAUCACCCGAGUGAUCUUCGAUAUUCUGAAGGAGCAUGGCCCUCUCACCAUCUCUGAAACCUGGGACCGUGUCAAGGAAGUUGGGUUGAGAGGGCUGACGAGUAAGCGUCACAUGAAGAUAAUACUACGGUGGAUGAGGGAGAGACAGAAGCUGAGGCUCAUUUGCAACCAUGUCGGCCCUCACAAGCAGUUCUUGUACACUACCUGGUUCACUAAGCAUAAUCCUAAACCGGCCGGUCGCUCCGCCGGGCCGAAGCUGCCCUGACCCAAGUGAUGUGCAUGUAUGUACACAGCCGCUUCUAAUUCUCUUUGUGCGAAUACAUACAUACAUACAUAUAUAUAUAUAUAUAUUACCCAGGCUUGACUGAUUCUAAUUCCGUCUUCAAAAUUUUCACAUUCGUCAAUGUUUUUUUAUAUUUUCGUUUGUCAUCUUUGUUUGGAUGAAUCAUCAUAACCAUACCUGACGAUACUUCCCUACUGAUUCCUGACCGAGUUUUACAUUUUCUCAAAGAGGUUAUGAAGCUUGACAUAGUCUUAUAUAAUAUGUAAUUAUGCUUGGUAAUCUAUUUCUAUUCAACAAGGUACAAAUGGGCCGAAAGAUGUGGCCCAGAAUCCAGUCUCACGCCCACAACACGAGCGGUGGAUCAUAGUUCCCGUCACACGUGUCGGAUAUGAAAUCUGGAAAAUUGGAUAACUGGACCCCACUAUCAAACAAAAGAAUCCAAUAAAAAGAGGAGCUUCGUCAAAAAGUUUUUUUAAAAAAAAAAAACACCGUGGCGGCGAGAUUCAAAGAACACGGAAGACGCUCGUGCUACAUCGACACGCGGCAAAACAUCGUGACAAGGAUGUCCGUACGUAAUGCGCGUGAGACACGUGCGGGGCAAUGGGGCGGUGAGUCUCACGUGAGAGAGGCGCGUGAGUGGAUGACUGAAACCCAAAAUCCACUCCGCAGAUUCCGCCGACAGACUGCGGACCCCACUGAAAGCGGCUACCGGCCCUAACCACAUUUGAAUUCCACCGCUCCAUAUAUAUAUGUAUGUAUUUGUGAGAUUAUUAUAAAAUGUUUAUGUAAGAUAAUUUCAAAUAUCCACUCAAGAGAAUAUAACCACCGGUUACAGAUUAAAAUUAGAAACAUAUGUGUGUUUACACUGAUUUGGAUUAAAAAGAAAGUUUUGGAUUGAGUAAUGAUUUAAUAUUGGUGAAUGAAUAUAUUCCCAUCAAUUCAAAAAGGAUAUUUAAAGACAGAAGACGCGCCUUGUGGAAGGCGAAAGUACACGUGCCGCCCACCAGACCGCCGACGUGUUCCCCGUCAACUCCAAACUCCGUAGGUCCCCUUAUUACGCGCCUACCCUUUUAUUUUAUUUUUAUAUUUACGCGCAUACACAAAAAUGUUACAAUACAGUCAAUUACAUUCGUUUUAAAUUAACUUUAUAAUAACAAAUGUUGACAUUUUUAUCGAGGCAAAAAAUAAUUUUCAGCUAGUAUUUCUUUAGAAACCAAUAGGGAAACGUGUGGCAGAAUAUUAUAUUUGACAUAUUUUCAAAGCUACGUAACGUGGAUAUCACUUUGCUCCUGCCCUAACUCGAAUAGGGUCAUUAGAUGUUUGUUAAUUACCAAAAACAAUAGAUUGAACAUUAGUCUUGUCGGCAAAGGAAAUCACACGUAAAAUGAGGUCACGCACAUGGUUUGACAUUACAUUCAUGGGCUUAAUUUAAUUGAAAUUUAUCCAACGGACAGAUAAGAGAAUCUGGCAACUAAAAAUCA